AGGCGGACUCUCAACCACUGAGCCACCAGGGAAGCCCAAAACAGACAUCUUUAUUAUUUGUUGUUGCUGUCUUUCUGUCAUAUAUAUGAAUAUUAUACAUGACUAAGCAAACAGAUUCAUUACAAUUUUCCAGGUCAGCAGAGUUUCUCAAAAAGCAAGCAAAGUGAAUGAUAACUUGAGUGUAGACAGAGAUCCUUAUCUGUUAGGGUGUAGAGACUAUACCGUUCUAGGUUUCAACAUUUUUCAAGUUUAAACUUAAUGUUUCAGACUCCCAGGGAAAUUAUCUUCAGAAUUUAUGGGAAAGUAAUUUAAAAGUAAAAUUUGAUGCUAUAUGAAGGUAAGAUAGGACAGUGGAAACAGAAGUCUCUUUUAGACUAGAAGAGAUCUUGGUUCUAGUCUGGCACGGUUUUACAUGUUUGAAUUUGGUCAACUAUCUCUGCCUCUAUUUUCACAUCUGUAAAAUUGAGAUUGAAUUAGAUGAACUGUAAGAUUUGUUUCAACAUUAGGAUUUUGUGAAGGCUGAAAAAUCCUGAAUGAAUCCUGAUACAAGGCAGAAAGUGCCAAAGAGACAGGCUUGGCCGACUGCAUAUAGAGGGAGUAGAAGAAAAUCAUGGGGAUGGCAGGUUGGCCCAGCUCUUGCCUCCAGAAUAUGGCCAGUCACCUUGUAAAACCUGAUUCUAGAAAUUGCAAGAGACCAAGAGAGUUGGAGCCUCAAAUGCCAGAUAGUCCACAACUGUCCUGUCUUGGAAAAUCAGAUUCUUCUUUCUCUGAAAGCUCUGGACUAUUUUAUAAAGAUGAAGCCCUGGAGAAAGAUUUGAAUGAUAUGAGCAAGGAAAUUAAUCUAAUGUUGUCUACAUAUGCAAAGAUCUUAAGGCAAAGAGCAGCAGUAGAUGCAUCUUAUAUUGACGAGAUAGAUGGACUCUUCAAAGAAGCCAAUACUAUUGAAAACUUUCUAAUACAGAAAAGAGAGCUCCUGAGACAGAGGUUUACGGUGAUUGCAAACACACUACACAGAUAAAAUUGUGUGCUUAAAAUAAGCUGAGAAUUUAAGCCCAGUAUUGUUGUAAUGAAAGAAUGGCAUUUGUGCUCUGAAUGCUCUCCAGUUGUUAAGAAAAUGUAUACCUUAAAUAUAGAAGGGGAAACUCCUUAAAUUUCUUUUCUCGAUUUAAAUUUUAAUUUUAAAAUUUAAAUUUUAAUAUGAUACAUAGCUUUUCUUUUGAGAGUCAAAUAUUUGUCAUAUUUUAUAAAAGUGUAAACUAUUUAAAUUGUAUAUGGAACCUCUUCUUUUUUUUUCUUAAACCUCCUAACCUUUCUUAAAUUUCUAAGACUCAGUGAGUUAAUUUGAUAAUAUUUAACAACAUUGUACUUUUUCUUUUAGAAUAUUUUGUUUAAAUAGCAGAUAGAUAGCUUUGGAGAUGGUUUUAAGAUGUUUUUCAUGGUCAGCAUUGAAAAAAAUUAAAACUCAAAAGUAAUUUGUCCAGUUUCUCAAUAUGUAGUUAAACUGUGCUAUUGCUAUUUAAUAUUACCAUUUGAUUAUUUUCACUAUUAUUAUUAUACAUUGCUAAUAAAAAUUUGGUUUAAAAUUAUUGUCUUGUGGUAAAAUAAAAACCAGAAAUUACUAACCAGAA